AUGGCUGUCUCAUGGGAGGUGGAAACACGUGGUUAUGCCAUUAGCAUCCUGUUCGGCUUCUGGAUGAGUUAUAUCUGUGGCACCUACAUCGUCUUCACUAGGAACAGCAGGAUACAAAACGGCUCUAGUGUUGGCACCUCUUCUGAAGAACCACAUACUAGAAUAAAGCACAGAAGGCAAGGCCACGCAAAAGAAUACUAAUGUCACGUGCCAGAAGCAGGUGACAUCUUGACUCUCAGUUCUUCGCAUACAGCUAUUUUAAUAGAGCCAGUUUUUUGCAGCUAUUAUGACAUGAGAGUAUUGGGACUUGGCUCCAAAAUUACUCGGUACAUGUUCAGCUUCUUAAAAAUAAGUAAAUAG